CAUGCGCCAACUUAUUGGACUUAUCGACAAUGCAAUUGUCUUCACUCUAAAAAAUUCUCAGAUUAAAUUUUAGUUAUUUUCUCAAUUGGUUUCUUCAAUAAUUAUGUAUUCAUGAAUCUUGCUAGUUAAAAUCCCAUAAUAUCAAAAGUAACAUCUAUUUUUAGCAAGUUCUUGGAACCCCAAAUAAUGUCAAUCAUAUCCCAAAACAUUUUCACAACUCCACACUCAAAAAUCAGUUCUUUUUACUUCAAGAACCCAAAAUUUUCAACUCCGUUACACUUAAAACCCUUAAAAAACCCUUUAUUUUUCCCUACACAAAAACCCCAUUUGCAAAAAAUUGAGUUUUUACAAUGCCAUAAAUGGAAAGUUAAGGUCUUUGAGUCAGAUGGUACUGUAAAUCCUCAAACUAUAAAUGGAAAGUUUGAUUUUGAUGAUUUACUUUCAAUUCUUGAAUUUUUAUGUUUGUUAUCUUCAGCUGUAGUAGCUAUUGGUUUUGUUGUGAAUUCUUGUUUUUUGGGGUCUAAAAAGUGGUUGGGAAAUAGGGUGUUAGGUGUACAGUGUGUUGUGUUGGUAUGUGGAGUGAUUAUUGGUUCUGUGAUUAGGAAAAGGCAAUGGAAUAGGAUUUGUAUGAAUAAUUUUUCCAGGUUUGGGAGUGGUUCAAAUGGGGUUAAUUUGCUUGAAAGAAUUGAAAAGUUAGAGGAAGAUUUGAGGAGUUCAGCUACGAUUAUUCGGGUUCUAUCGAGACAGCUUGAGAAGCUAGGAAUUCGAUUUCGGGUUACUAGAAGGACUCUCAAAGAUCCAAUUACUGAGACUGCAACAUUGGCCCAAAAGAACUCUGAGGCCACUCGAGCAUUGGCAAUGCAAGGUGAGCGUCUAGAGAAGGAGCUUGGUGAAACACAAAAGGUUCUGCUGAAAAUGCAGGACCAGCAACACAAACAGCUUGAAUUAAUUCUUGCAAUUGCGAAAACUGGAAAGUUAUUUGAGAACAAGCAAGGACCCAGUCAAGAUCCAGUUAAAAAUACAAAUGAUGUGUCUAAUACCGUCAUUCCUCAGCUGGAAGUGAAUCAAAUCCAAGCUUUGACAGGACAAAGAGAAACCAAUAAUGAUAGAAUCUAGCUCCUUUCAGUAUAGACCAGUAAUAUUUCUUUAAACGACGAAAGGGUGACAUUCAUUACACUGUUAUGGUUGAAGAUUGACAGAUAUUUGAAGGAUCAUAUACCCCUGUGCAGAUUCUUUUCUCCCAGUUUUUGUGAGCAACAUCUCUAUGGGGAGGGAGAGGAGAAAGGCGAAGCUCGAUGUUCUUGUCCACAUUUAUUUGACAACGAAACUUUGUGUAUUAAGAAACACCACCGACCAUUCUAUCUCCAGCAGUUCUGAUGCUUGCUAGAGAGUGUUGUUAAUUUUUGGUCGCAAGUGCUAUUUUCCUCGUUUAUGCAAACAUGGUGCAAAAAAUAGGGAAGCCUGUUUAUUUUCUGGAAUUGCAAUGUCAGAUUGGAGAUAUGCACAAACUGUUGCUUCUAGAUUGGAUUUAUAAGGAACUUGUAAUGAUAUCUUGUUCAUGACUUGCUUCUUUCUCUAA